CAGUCUUCGAGUCACGCCACUUGUUGGCGAGAAUUGUUAUUUCUUUUUAAAUAUGCCAUAUACCGAAGAUCAAAUACGGAAUAAGUUGAUAAAAGGCCUGGACGCCGUACACGUGGGACGCUCCUAAAAUUUUCAUUUAAAAAAAUGCGAGUAAAAGUACAGACAAUCGUUGUGGUUCUCGCGGGCUGCAUUUUGCGAUGGUGCGUAACGUACCACCCUUACAGUGGAGAAGGCCAACCUCCAAUGUACGGAGAUUAUGAAGCUCAACGACAUUGGCAAGAAAUUACCUUGAACCUUCCUGUCGAAGAGUGGUACAAGAACUCCACUCAAAACGAUCUACAAUACUGGGGACUAGAUUAUCCUCCACUGACUGCUUACCACAGUAAUAUCCUAGGUCGAAUCGCACACAAAAUCAAUCCAAAAUAUGUUGCUUUGCACGAAUCUAGGGGCUUCGAAUCACAAAUGCAUAAAUAUUUUAUGCGGUUGACUGUCCUCGCAGCAGAUCUUUUCAUUUUUGUACCUGCUGCUUUGUAUUUCGUAUUCAGCUGCGUCGAAAAACCAAAGGAACCAACGCCCAGCAUGUUGUAUCUUUGUACACGGCCUUCUGUUUUGGCCGUAAUUUUAUUCUAUCCUGGUUUGAUUAUAAUUGAUUACGGUCAUUUCCAAUAUAAUUGUGUCUCCUUGGGAGCUUUUGUUGCGGCUGUUGCUGCUAUUUUGGGUAAUUUUCAUUGCUUGGGAUCUCUUCUGUUUGUUUUGGGUUUGAAUUAUAAACAGAUGGAACUCUAUCACGCUCUUCCAUGUUUCAUUUAUAUUCUCGCGGUCAAUAAAUUCAAUAGGACUUUAUUCUGCGUGACUUGUACAGUGAUCGGAACUUUUGCUGCAGUCUGGUGGCCUUUUAUUUGGGAUCAAAGAACUUUUCUUAGCGUGAUCAUUCGGCUCUUCCCACUCGCCAGGGGAGUAUUUGAGGAUAAAGUUGCGAAUUUCUGGUGCACGAUUAAUGUCGUCUACAAAUUAAGAGAUACGUUUGAAAAUUUGCUGCUCGCUCAAAUUUGUCUUUUUUCAACAACUAUUGCGCUUUUGCCAAGUUCUUUAGAUAUGCUUUUCAGACCCUCAAAGGAAAAGUUUAUUAUUUCGCAGAUUAAUUCUUCCCUAGCUUUUUUCCUUUUUUCCUACCAAGUUCAUGAGAAGUCUAUACUUCUCGCGGCAAUUCCGGUUUUACUAUAUUUCCACAAAGAUCGCUUUGCUUGCCUUUGGUUUCUGUUGAUUUCUACUUUUAGUAUGCUACCUCUAAUUAUCAAGGAUCAACUCUUUCUUUCGCAUUGUACUCUGACGGUAUUUUUUUACAUUUCCGUUACUUGGAUUUGGUUCUCUGAAUCUUUCUUUUCAAUGGAUUCAGAUAAAAUCUUAAACGCAGAAGAGCAAAUUUCUAAAAAUAUCUCGAAUAAAAAGAGCAAGCUAAAAAAGCAACCCAAAGAUAAAAAGUCACAGGCUACAUCCAAGGCUAAAAAACACGUGGGUUUAAUGUCUGCUUUGAAAAAUUAUUUGAGUGCAGUUAUUGAUAAAGAAACGUUAAUAAUUGUUCUCUUUUAUUUAUCGAUGGGUUCUUUAGUAGUUUUAACAUUUAUUAGUAGAUUUAUGCAGCCUCCAAAGCAGUAUCCAGAUCUGUUUCCACUUUUGGUAUCAGUUUUUUCGUGUGGGCAUUUUGUCCUUUUCUUUAUUUACUUUAAUUACAGGCAGUUUACACUGAGAACUGGGCAGAAACUAAAAUCGAAUGUAAAAUUGAAAAUGAACUAACUAGAAUUCUCCGUUAUGCAGUCGCUGAUUAUGUUUUGAGAGUGGUUUUCCUUUGUUUGUCAAAUAGUUUCAGGAAGAAUAUUGAUUUUGUAUUACUUUUGUACAGUGUGAAGUUUAGUAUUUGUCUUGCAUUUUUAAACUUAAGUAAUUGCAAAAGACUAGGCUAGACUGCGACCCAUAUUAUUAAAUAAGAGUUGCGUAGCAAUGUGUGAGAUGAUGAAUCCAUGGAAUGACUGUUAAAGAUUGUAAAUUUUUUCUUUGUAAAAUCUGUUUCGUAGAAAGGCUAUUGUAAUGAUUAUUCUUGAAUAAAAUGUUUUGUAUUUCGCGAAAA